CUCAUUCUCUCCAAGGUGAUUUUAGUUCCCAACUUUUUCUUCAAAUUUCUAACUUUUCCAUCACAUCAAAACUUUCCUACACACACAAACUUCCAACUUUUCCGUCACAUCGUUCCAAUUUUAAUCAAACUUUCAAUUUUAGCAUGAACUAAACAAACCCUUAGUAUGAUUUCGUAGCAACACUUUCCUUUGCGCGUGCACCUCCACUCAUAGACCCGUAGACGAAUAAAAAGUCUCGGCCAUACGUUGACUCACGGGAAUUACUCCAAAGCUAUUUGUGAAUCAGUGAAUGUGAUGACCAGACAAGUUAUUUCUUCAGGCUUCACAGUCACAGGCAAGUGAAGAACAAACCAAAUGAAUAUGGCAUGCCUCCCCUUUCUCAUCUGCUUGCUCCUCAUCUCCUUCUGCAAGUGCGAUGAUCAGCUGACACAAGCAAAGCAGCUCCACCCAGGCGACGUGCUUGGCUCCAAGAGCGGGGUGUUUGCGCUCGGGUUCUUCUCCCCUGGAACCUCCAACAAGAGCUUAUAUCUUGGCAUAUGGUACCACAACAUCCCGCAGCGCACAUAUGUUUGGGUUGCCAACCGAGACAACCCGAUCUCCACACCUUCAUCAUCCGUGAUGCUCGCCAUCAGCAAUAGCUCUAACCUUGUCUUGUCAGAUUCCGAAGGCCGAACUCUUUGGACAACGAACAUCACCAUAACUGGAGGCGACGGUGCUUAUGCAGCGUUACUUGACACAGGAAACUUGGUUCUCCAGCUGCCAAACGAAACAAUCAUAUGGCAAAGCUUUGAUCACCCAACUGACACCAUUCUGCCCAACAUGAAGUUUUUGCUGAGGUACAAGGCACAAGUCAGCAGGCGACUUGUCGCUUGGAAGGGCCCAAAUGAUCCAUCCACCGGGGAAUUCUCCUUGAGUGGCGACCCCAGCUUAGACAUUCAGGCCUUCAUCUGGCAUGGGACCAAGCCAUAUUACCGCUUCGUCGUGAUUGGUAGUGUGUCAGUGUCCGGCGAAGCAUACGGCAGCAACACCACCUCUUUCAUAUAUCAAACUCUGGUGAACACACAGGAUGAAUUCUAUGUUAGGUACACAACCUCUGAUGGCUCAGCAAAUGCACGCAUCAUGCUUGAUUACAUGGGAACCUUCAGGUUCCUGAGUUGGGAUGAUAGCUCGUCAUCAUGGACAGUUCGCUUACAACGCCCAGCGAGCACCAUCGACUGCUAUACCUACGCCUCAUGUGGCCCAUUCGGCUACUGUGAUGCCAUGCUAGCCAUCCCAAGGUGCCAAUGCCUCGAUGGGUUCGAGCCUGACACCACCAACUCUUCGAGAGGAUGCCGAAGAAAGCAACAGUUGAGAUGCGGAGAUGGGAAUCAUUUUGUGACCAUGUCCGGAAUGAAGGUCCCUGACAAGUUCAUUCCUGUCCCAAACAGAAGCUUUGAUGAGUGCACGGCUGAGUGCAACCGCAACUGCUCGUGCACGGCUUAUGCUUAUGCAAACUUGACCAUAGCCGGCACCACGGCAGACCAAUCAAGGUGCUUGCUUUGGACUGGGGAGCUAGUCGACACGGGGAGGACUGGUUUUGGUGAUGGUCAGAACCUGUACCUCCGGUUGGCCUACUCUCCUGCCAACAAAAAGAACAAAAAAGUAGUGAAGGUUGUAGUCCCAAUUAUAGCAUGCCUGCUGACAUUCACAUCCAUAUACCUUGUCAGGAAGUGGCAAACAAAAGGCAAACAGAGAAAUGACGAAAAUAAGAAGAGAACAGUGUUAGGAAACUUUACAACUUCUCACGAACUUUUUGAGCAGAAGGUAGAAUUUCCAAAUAUUAAUUUUGAAGAGGUUGCUACUGCAACAAACAAUUUCAGUGAUUCCAACAUGCUUGGCAAAGGAGGUUUUGGUAAGGUUUAUAAGGUAACAAUUUACACUAAGAGUUGUAGCAGUGGACAAGCCUUAUAAUUUUUAUCCUGUUAAAAUAAUUUUACUAUACAGGGGAAGUUGGAAGGAGGCAAAGAAGUUGCUGUCAAAAGACUCGGUACAGGUUCCACACAGGGGGUAGAGCAUUUUACAAAUGAAGUGGUUCUUAUUGCCAAAUUGCAGCACAAAAAUCUAGUCAGGCUUCUUGGUUGCUGCAUUCAUGGAGAAGAGAAGCUUCUUAUUUAUGAAUACUUACCAAACAGAAGCCUGGAUUACUUCCUUUUUGAUGAUUCAAAAAAGUCUAUGCUUGAUUGGCGAACACGGUUCAACAUAAUCAAAGGAGUAGCUAGAGGACUUGUUUAUCUCCACCAAGACUCAAGGAUGACAAUAAUUCACAGAGAUCUCAAAGCCAGCAACAUUUUAUUGGAUGAGGAGAUGAGCCCCAAAAUAUCAGAUUUUGGUAUGGCGAGAAUCUUUGGUAGCAACCAGCAUCAAGCAAACACUAAGCAUGUAGUCGGGACAUAUGGUUACAUGUCACCUGAAUAUGCGAUGGAAGGCAUCUUCUCUGUCAAGUCUGACACCUACAGCUUUGGUGUUUUAGUCUUGGAGCUUAUAAGUGGCUCUAAGAUCAGCUCACCUCAUCUGACAAUGGAUUUUCCAAACCUUAUAGCCCGUGCCUGGAGCUUGUGGAAAGAUGGAAAUGCAGAGGAUUUUGUGGACUCAAUUAUUCUGGAAAGCUAUGCAAUUAGCGAGUUUUUGCUCUGUAUCCACUUAGGACUGUUAUGUGUCCAGGAAGACCCAAGUGCUAGACCAUUCAUGUCAUCAGUUGUGGCCAUGUUAGAGAAUGAGACCACAGCACGUCCUACUCCAAAGCAACCUGCAUAUUUCGUGCCAAGGAAUUAUAUGGCCGAAGGGACGAGACAGGACGCCAACAAAUCUGUAAACAGCAUGAGCCUUACCACACUACAGGGGCGUUAGAAGUUUGGAUUCAGAAUCAACUUGUUGCAGAAUUCAUCACUUGAUCUGAUCAUAUGAUUGUCCCUCUUUAAUUUCAGAAUGAGCUGGUUAUAGAAUUAACCGCUACGGAAUGAAAUUUACAGGAAACAAAAUUGUCCCAGUGAAAAUGUGAUUGCUCUUUGGGUCAUUGGGCUUAUGAAUUAUCAUUCAUAUUCAACAGUUUUCGGAUAUUAUGGCCUUGUUUAGUUCUCAAAAACAUCUCAUCGAAUCUUUGGACACAUAUAUGGAGCAUUAAAUAUAGAUAAAAAGAAAAAUUAAUUGCAUAGUUUACAUGUAAAU